AUGGCCAGCAGACGCGCCGCCUCCAACCGUCCUGCCGCCUCCGAAGAAGUCGAGUGCUGGGCGCAGGCCUCCGCGUCGCUCUCGCGCCUCUCCGGCCUGCUCGACGAGCAGACCAAGGACGACCCGCUCGGCCGCGUCCACCGGCUGCUCUCCCAGUGGCCCUCCGACGACGCGCUGCCCACCGAGGGCAUCGAGGGCGUCAAGGGCGUCUACAAGAAGCUCGUCUCCAGCCUGAACGACGUCAAGGCCAACGCCGAGCGCGACGCCGCGCUCAUCGACGAGGUCCUCGAGCGCCUCAGCAUCCUCCUCGCCCUCCGCACGGCCUCGGAGAAGACCCCGCCAGUCGAGAAGCGCGCGAAGCGGCAGCGCGCCCACUCGCCCGCGGCGCCGCCCGCGGGGGCGACGCCCGCCGUGCCCUCGGGCGCGACCCCGACGCGGUCGAUGUCGAUCACCCUCCCGCCGACGCGCCGGGGCUCCGUCGGGCCGCAGUCGUCGCUCCCGUUCUCGCGCGAGCCCAAAGCGCGCCGGGAGGCGCUCGCCCCGCAGCUCCCGCUCCACGAGGGCCGCAAGGACGAGGAGUGGAUCCUCGCCGUCGUCACCAAGUGCAUCAACCAGGACAAGAACCGAUACGAGGUACAGGACCCCGAACCGCAGGAGGACGGUGCGCCGGGGCAGCGAUACAACACCACUCUCCGGGCGAUCAUACCGUUGCCGGACCCGAACGCGCCGCCUGAAAGUGCAGCGCACCUGAAUUCGUAUCCAGAGUUCUUGGUUGGGUCGACGGUCAUGGCGCUGUACCCAGACACGAGCUGCUUCUACCGAGCAGAGGUCAUUGCAAAUCCUCGCGACCUGAACACAGGACGAGGCGCGGCCGGGAAGCAGCCUCCAAUGUACAAGCUCAAAUUCGAGGACGACGACGACCAGGAGCACAUGGUACAGGCCCUGUGGGUGGUCGAAUGGCCCGGCAAAGACUAG